UAUCCCCAGCGGGGAAAGCUAGGAAAGAGGGCCGAGUUUCCCCUCGAGAGAUAAAACAAGAGCCGGAGAAGGAUCGAGGAGAGUGGGCGGAUGGGCUCAACUUCGGCGCGCCGGGAAGGGGCGGCGCCGAGCCGCUAACGACCCGCUCAAGAUGGCGCCCGCGGAGUCCCGCCUCACCCGGGGGCGGCGUGCCGUGCGCGUGACGUCACUGGGCAAGGGCAGGUGGGAAGCCAGACCGGGCGAAGUUUGGCCCGUGCGAGGCGGCGGCGGCGGCAGCUGUGCCCGGCCCAACUUCUUCUCUCCCUCCCAGCUUCGGAGCCGGGGCUGCCAUGACUGCGGAGGACUCCGGCUCGCUGGCCUGGUCCAUCGACAAGGAUGACUACGAGCUGGAGGAGGUGAUCGGAAGUGGAGCAACAGCUGUGGUCCAAGCAGCCUAUUGUACCCCUAAGAAGGAAAAAGUGGCAAUUAAAAGGAUCAAUCUUGAGAAAUGCCAGACCAGCAUGGACGAGCUCUUGAAAGAAAUUCAAGCAAUGAGUCAGUGCCACCAUCCAAAUAUAGUCUCAUACUAUACUUCUUUCGUGGUGAAAGAUGAACUUUGGUUAGUGAUGAAGCUCCUAAGUGGAGGUUCUGUUCUGGAUGUGAUCAAGCACAUUGUAGCCAAAGGGGAACAUAAGAAUGGAGUCCUGGAUGAGCCUGUAAUAGCCACAAUCCUCAAAGAGGUUUUGGAAGGAUUGGAGUACCUGCAUAAAAAUGGGCAAAUCCACAGGGAUGUGAAAGCUGGCAAUAUCUUACUGGGAGAAGAUGGGUCAGUCCAGAUUGCCGAUUUCGGCGUAAGUGCUUUCUUAGCUACCGGUGGGGACAUAACACGGAACAAAGUGAGGAAAACCUUUGUGGGCACCCCUUGCUGGAUGGCCCCCGAAGUGAUGGAGCAGGUGCGGGGGUAUGAUUUCAAAGCAGAUAUUUGGAGUUUUGGAAUUACAGCAAUCGAGUUGGCUACCGGAGCUGCUCCUUAUCACAAAUACCCACCCAUGAAGGUCUUAAUGUUGACACUACAAAAUGACCCCCCCUCCUUGGAGACAGGAGUGCAAGAUAAGGAGAUGCUUAAAAAAUACGGGAAGUCAUUCAGGAAAAUGAUUUCAUUGUGCCUGCAGAAAGACCCAGAAAAAAGACCUACAGCAGCUGAACUCCUAAGACACAAAUUUUUCCAAAAAGCAAAGAAUAAAGAAUUUUUACAAGAAAAAAUGUUGCAGAGAGCCCCAACUAUCACUGAAAGAGCCAGGAAGGUCAGGAGAGUCCCUGGUUCCAGCGGACGACUUCACAAGACUGAAGAUGGCGGCUGGGAAUGGAGCGAUGAUGAACUAGACGAAGAAAGCGAAGAGGGCAAAGCGGCAAUUUCACAGCACAGGUCUCCCAGAGUGAAAGAAUCCUUACAGAACUCUGAGCUGUUUCCAUCAGCUGAGCCAACCGGCCCUUUGCUCAACCUCCAAGACCAGCCUGCUGCUCAACUACCUCAGCCUGCAGGUCAAGUCCCUGCACAACCUCCUGUUGCUGCCUCCGGUCCAGCUUCUCAGACUCCAGCAGCAGCUCCUUCAGCAGCACAGGCACCUCCCGCACCUACAGCACAAGAAGAGCCCAAAAUUCCAAUAAGCCUCGUUCUACGAUUAAGGAAUUCAAAAAAGGAGCUGAAUGACAUCCGAUUUGAAUUCACACCCGGAAGAGACACUGCAGAUGGAGUAUCCCAAGAACUCAUCUCGGCUGGACUGGUGGAUGGCAGAGAUUUAGUUAUAGUUGCUGCGAACUUGCAAAAAAUUGUGGAAGAGCCUCAGACGAACCGAUCAGUCACUUUCAAGCUGGCAUCAGGCGUGGAAGUGUCUGAAAUACCCGAUGACAGCAAACUUAUUGGAUUUGCUCAGCUCAGCAUCAACUAAAAACAACACUCCGUGCUUAUGGUCGCAAUCCAUAGGUGCAACGUACAAAUGCUUCUGUUGGCCAAAAAAGCAAAACCACUCCUGCCAAAGAACCAAAACUACAGGCCCUCUCGUUCUUAGAAGCUUUAACUUCAUUUCUUCCCAAGUAGCAUCAAGGAGGUCUACAACACUACUGCCUUGGAGGCAUUUGGCUUCUGUUCCACCCACCCACUGUUUUUCCCCCACCUCUGCCUCCCUCCCUCCUUUCCUCCCUCCUUCCCUCCCUUUCUCCCUUCCCUCUCUCCAACCAUCCUUCCCUCCCAUCUUCCCAACCAUCCUUCUCCUUUCCUUCCUCCGUUCCUCA